AUGCAGUUCAAAACUCUUCUGGCACCUCUUCUCCUCGCCGAGGCGGUCCUUGCGCAGGGCCUACCCGUUCGCGUCGUCACGUUUAACAUUCGUUAUGAUGCAAGUUCGCGUGAGUCUGGAGAGAAGCCGUGGUGGGAUCUAUUCUGCUCCAUCUCCAAGGACCGCUGCCGCCAACCGCAUGUGGUCGACACCAUCAAGAAGACCGCUUCUACAGCGCCAAAGGAUGCCGUUACUAUCAUUGGUCUCCAGGAAGUCCUCAACAACCAGGUAGUGGACAUAGCCAAUGGCCUCGGCGCCGGCUGGGCUCAAAUCGGUACAGGACGUGACGACGGGAAGACCAAAGGAGAAUACAACCCGAUUUUCUACCAAACGGACUUGUUGAAACUAGUGCAUUGGGAGGUGAAGUGGCUCUCACCAACGCCGGAUCAAGUCUCUACCGGCUGGGGAGCUGGCAGCAAGCGUAUCGUCACCAUCGCCGUCUUUGAACACAUCGCUACGGGAAAGAAGUUCAUUCAUGCCAACACCCACCUCGACAAUGUUAGCUCGCAGGCUCGCUCAGAGGGCAUCAAGGUUGUUGUGACCAAGAUUCAGGCUGUGCAGGCAACCUACGGGCCUCUGGGUGUUUCUUUGACUGGUGACUUCAACUCGGACCCUAACGGCGAUGCUUACAAAACCCUUUCCGGAACAGGGUUCGUGGAGGAGCUGUACAACAUGGCGACACCUGAGCAACGAAUCGGACCUAACCAGCUGACGUACACAACGUUUGACACCAGCAAGCAAGGAAGCCGCAUCGAUUUUAUUUGGCUUGGGCCUACGGCUGCGAAGAAGUACUCGGUUCAGCGCUACGAGAUCUGGACCAACAACGUCAAUGGAAUGCUCAUCAGCGACCACAGACCUGUUGUCGGCGAUGUCACUCUCCUAUCUUAG